AUGGGCAACUGCGCCAAAUCUCGCGCGGAUCUAGAUCUUGGAUCCGAGCCUUUGGAAAUUACAACUCCGCAGGACGCCACCAUCAACGAUCCGUCGUACGACGUGUCCUCUUCUACCCAAGACAUAGUCGUUACUGCCAAAACACCUUUACUCUCGCAAGGGCCAGGGGAAAUAGAGAGUCUCGAGGAUGUAAUCGAAGGCCUCGAACGGGCUUUAAUACGCGUGAAGAGCCAUCCCAAUUACGAUGGCCGGUAUUCGGACCAAAUGACGGCAAGUGGCAGCAGUUCAAGCAAAAUGAAGAUGACAGCACAGCUUGGUCCAAGGGCUCCACAGACUGAGGAAGAAGCAGACACUGAAGCCGAGACAGAGAAGUUGAAUCCAAGCCUAGAAGACUAUCUCUUUAGCCGAGAAACAACUGUGGUUCCCUUUGAUGAUGACAACAAUAACAACGCUCAUCAAAUCCCAGAUCCCAAACCCAAGCCUAAACCCAAACCCAAACCCAAGUCUAGAUCAAAGUCAAAGUCAAAGUCCAAAGCUACGCACAGCUCAGCUGUUGAUCAGGAGGCGCUCAAAACCGAGAAUAAUGAAGAGGAGUAUGGAGGAGCAGGUAACGAUGGCGAUGAAGGUAGAAAAGUAGCAAGUGAAGAGGAUGGAGCUGAAGAAGAAGGGGCGGAUGCCAAUGAUGGUAAGGAUGGCAAUAAUGGCCAAGACCAAAGAGAUGAAGGGCAGGCCGAAGAAAAUGAAGAUGAUGAGGAGUACAAAGACGAAGGAGGGGACGAUGACGAAGAGGAAGAGGUGGAAGAAGGAAAAGAAGAGGAGGAAGAAGAAGAAGUAGAGGAAGAGGAUGAAGAGGAAGAGGAAGAGCAGGGCGAAAAUGAACAAGAAGAUGAUAAUGCCGAGGAAGCCGAGGAUGAAGAUGACCAAGAUGGUGAGGAUGCAGAAGAUGGCGAAGAACAGACCAAAGCGAAUGAAGCCAAAGCUACGAAUCCUGCUCCUCCUUCAAAGCCAACUUCAUCUAAAGCCAAGAGCAAGGGCACCGCAGUAGCCACGCGCAUCACUAGGGCUCGUGCUGCUCAAAAUGCGGCCCAAGCCGACAGCGACAUUGUGUCGAACUAUAUUAACAUGAUCAGCCGCGGCAUCAGAACGGAAAAUAAAAAGGAGGGAUCUACACGAGCGUUUCUCAAGCGCUACAUCGAAUGCUCGUUCGACAUCCCUCAGGCUUCUCAAGAGCCACAUUUCAAACAGGCUGUUCGACAAGGAAUGGACUCCGGGAUCUUCGGUUACAGGAACAGCAAUUAUGCUCGUAUUGCGUUUGUCUCCCCGAUUUCUGAAGGAGCUGCGCCUCCAUCCACAUCCCCAUCCGCGCCUUCGGGGACUAAGAAAACGACGAAGAAAGCUGCGGAGCCAAAGAGCUCGGCCACUACAGCGGCCGUCGGACGCGGUAACAAGGGCGGCCAAAGCGCCAAGGCUGCACCUAGCACCAAGGGCAAAGGCAAAGGCAAAGGCAAAGGCAAAGAUAAGGCGCUGUCAUCAACCUCAGAACAGGCACCUGCUACUUCAGCCCCAACCAAGGCUUCUGCCGCUGCCAAACCAACACCAAAGGGUAAGGGCAAGGGCAAGUCUGAAGCAUCUGAUGCCAUUACCCCUUCCGACCCGACAAUAAAGGCAGCUGUAAGAAGAAAAGCACCUGCCAGGAAGCCAAAGCCUUCUGGGAAGGCUUCGCAAUCUUCAAAUAGUGUUGCUACAGCCGGCACUACUCCAAGCUCCUCUUCUCGUCCUAGGCCUACUCGGUCAUCCAUAAAAGACGAAAAACCUUCUGGCUCUAUCCAGAACACAAAAGCACCUACAAGAGGUACGAAGCGAAAUGCUCGAACCGCAUUUGCAGAUGAUACAGAGGAAGAAACCAUAGAGGGGGGCCGAGGACUGGGCGAUGACAAUGAGGAUCAAGGCUACCAAACCGACGAAGAAUACGCUGGUAAUAGCAAGGGUAACGCUUCCUCUGCUUCUGCCCAAACCGCUCGUCCUACUCGUUCAAGUGGCAGAGGGCGUGGGGCCUCAGCAAAUUCCUCGAGGCAGCCUCCGAGAUCGUUGGUCAAAAUCCCAAGGAUUGAGAACAAGUCUGCGGUGACCGGAGGAAGAAAAUCGAAAAAAUAA